AUGGCGGUGAGGCUGAGAGCGCUGGCGGCGGUUCCGACCCUCGUGCGAGUGCUGAAGAAGGAGGCUCCGCCGCGUCACCACACGGCGCUGCCGUCUCUGAGGAGAGCCUUCUCUAUCUACGAUCAGAUCAAUCUCAUCGAUAAUGUCCCCAAGGACCAGCUCCGUUUCCAAGAGUUUGACGACAGAGGGUUCAAGGUAAAUGGAGUCAAGUAUGAAGGCAGCUUACUUUGUGUAGGAAAUUUGAUAAUGUCUUGGGCUCCCAAGAAGUUCGCGGAUAUCACUGAUGAAAGCUUAUCUAUUUUCAAGGCUCUACGCCCAAUACCAGAGAUUUUGAUUCUCGGAUGUGGAAAGUAUGUACAGCCCGUAAAACCCGAACUCCGUAACUUCAUUCGCUCCACAGGCAUGAAAUUCGAAGCAGUCGAUUCACGAAAUGCAGCCUCGACUUAUAACCUGUUGAAUGAAGAAGGGAGGAUAGUGGCAGCUGCUCUCAUUCCAUAUGGAGUUGAGUCUUGA